AUGUCUGACCGCACAAAAACUAUCCGAAGAUCCUCUUCUUCAACUCCUAUCCUACCACAAGGCCCAGAUGCUUUCCUCCCUUCAAAACAACAUCAACAAACUUCUCAAAAUAAUCAUCAUUAUAACCAACAACAUCAACAACAUCAACAACAUCAACAACAUCAACAACAUCAACAACAUCAACAACAUCAACAACAUCACCAACAUCACCAACAUCAACAUCAACAAAAUAAUCCCAUCAAUCAAUCAUCCAACCAACAAUCUUCUUCAACUCAAACAAAACCAAACCCAAAUCCUUACCAUUUACCCCUCUAUAUUGGCCUUAAUCUUCCAGCUGAUGACCCCCAAUUCUAUCUAACUAAUUCUAUCCCCACCGCCACUACUGCACGAGGCUCCCUAGGAUCGCCAGCGUCAGGUUCCACUGUAACCUUACCCAAUAAAGGAACCUCCUCCUCCUCCUCCUCCUCCUCCCCUUUAAUCAAUCCUUCUAAACUUGCCCAAAAACCUCACCUCAAAAUAAUAACGCCUGGCCCAGCAAACUCCUCCUCCAGCCCUGCCUCCACUGCCGGAUCAAUACUCAAACGUACAGAUUCCACUCUCGUUCAAGCAGCCCUGAACGCCAAUUAUGACUUUAUAACCUCUCGCGUCUCCUCGCAAACUUAUAUCGACAAAGUCAAGAGUAUCUACUUUAAGACAGAAGCAGCCUUGGAUCUUGCCGUUGCUCAAACAAAUGGUCUACCUAAUAAUAAUAAUAUUAUUAAUAACAAUAACAACAUACACCCAACAGUCUCCUCUCCUUUCGAUGCUAUGAUUGUACCCACCUUGACACAUCGAGACUCCGUCCUCACUCCGGGGUCCCAUCUUCGCAAUGUCAUCACAAUCAUUGCGCCUUGGGUCGAACUUGAUGCAAAUACUCCGCGCGUCGCCGCGCUGGCCGCAGGCGUCGCCGUCGCAGAAACUGUCUACGCUGUAAAAGCCGGAGUUUCCAAGCUUCUCAUCUUUGGACCUCGUCGUAGAACAAAUCUCGACCAAUAUACUCGGGCAAUGGCUCAAGUACUUGCCGCAGCAGGUCCCAAUGUUGCUGUCUUUGUCUCAAUGGCCUUUGCUGAAAACGCAGCUCCAGCUAUGGCCCCAGCAACGUCUCAUUCAAAAUCAAACACUGCAACAAGCCCACAGCAAAAACAACAACCACCAUCAUCAUCACAGCCAUCAGCACAACCAUCAGCACAACCAUCAGUACAACCAUCCCAAAUCAUGGUCCCUUCAGUUGACCCGUUAUCCCUAUGGGACCUCUGGAACUCUCUCAGAGCUGCUCUCAAUUACCCUAAAAAUUUGCACGUAGCAUUACAAGUGCCUCCCAAUUGUGCCACUCUGCCUCCAGUCGUACUCGACCGAUGGUACGCUGAACCUGUGGCUAUGCUCACAAUCUCUAGUCAAAUCUUCAUGCCCAAUCAAAAGGGGUACCCAGUGCUGCCUAAAGCUACCCAAACCCUGCUUGGUCGCUUCUUUAAUAAAUCUCCACACAUUGUACUCUCAGAUAUCUACAAAACCCCCCCAGACAAGCAGCACGGCCCACUCAAUGACAACAUCAACAUCAACAAUAACAAUAACAACGAUGACGACGAAAACUGUGCUUUUACAGGAGGCUACGCUUCUUUUUUAAUGUAUAUCCGACACCUCCUGCGCAUUCGUCCUAAACCUACCCCAGUGUUCAGCUUCGGAGCUUCCCAUAGAGACGUUCUACAACUCCCAUUACAGCCCCUCGCAGAUAGCCUUCCAGAUGCUACCUACGCCGUGUUUGAGCGUGACCCCGUCAAGUAUGCUCUCUACGAACGCGCAAUCCAUUCAGCCCUAUUUGAUCUCCCAGAAUCACUGUCGCAUGUCACUAUAGUUGUAGCCGGUGCUGGUAGAGGUCCGCUUGUGGACCGGGCUCUUGCAGCUGCCAAACGCGCGCGACGCACUGCACACAUUUACGCGCUGGAAAAAAACCCAGAGGCUUGUGCAACGUUGCGUCGACAGCUGGCCACAAACUGGACCAAAGAGCGGCUAAAUUAUUAUUACAAUGACAUGGAGGACGAUGAUGAUGACGAGACCCAGAAACAAGGCUCAAAAGCUCCUAAGAAUUGUGUCGAACUCGUGUGCACAGACAUGCGUGCAUGGAGCCUGCCUGCCGGCGGGCCCCGGUAUGCUCACGUGAUUGUGAGCGAAUUGCUUGGGUCGUUUGGUGAUAAUGAACUUUCACCUGAGUGUCUUGAUGCCCUGGACACUAACGGCGUUCUGGAUCCAGAACACGGCGUCAUGAUUCCGCAGUCAUACACUUCAUGGUUUGCUCCAGCCAUGUCUGCGACCUUGUAUGCGUCUGCACGCGAGUUCCCGUUGCAGGACAUGUUACAGAGUACCGGCCAGGGCAAACACUCAGCACCAGCACACCAGCAACAACACCAACACCAACACCAACACCAACACCAACACCAACACCAACAACCUCGGCCGGCCAAUGCGCAGAUGCAAAUGCCAUACGUGGUGCUGCUGGACGCGGUGGAUCGUAUUGCUCCAAACCAAAUUGCCAAGGCAUGGACGUUCACCCACCCGUCAGCAUAUGGUGCACGGUUAUUGCGGCAGUACGCGCACUCUGCAGCUGCGUCACCGUAUUACCGCGUGAGCCCGUUGGACGCCAUUGGGCUGCACGCGCCUACCAGUCCGACGUCCACCCGAGCCAGUCCUGGAGUGGGUUCUGUUUUCUCGACUUCUGCAGCUGCAGCUGCUGCCACAACAACUACAGGCAGUGCGUCUGUUGCAUCGUCGCUGAUGUCUCUACAAGCAGAAACAGGGGCUGUUGGUGGGGAAGUCCAGUCGGCAACAGCAGCUGCAGGAGCAGCUGCGGCGGUUGCAGCGUCACGGACGCUUUCGGCAGUGACGCAAUCUAACAGACACAACACGCGGAAAGCUAAACACACGUUCCGAGUGCCACGGCAGUGUGUGAUGCAUGGGAUUGCUGGGUACUUUGAGUGUGUGUUGUAUAAGGACAUUGGGUUUUCGACGCGACCCGAGACGUUGCAGAUGGGGAGCAAAGACGGGCGGAAACGGGAGAAUGAGGAGCAACCGGUGAUUCCAUUUUCUGAGGACCUAGUGUCAUGGUUCCCGUUAUGGUUCCCGUUGAGUGCACCGUUGUACGUGCCGGAAGGUGCAGAGCUAGAUGUGGCACUUUGGCGGGAAACGGAUGGCGGACGGGUAUGGUAUGAAUGGUUAGUAGAGGCGUAUCUUCGGGAAGGCGGGCUUGUUCCGAUGCCGUUGGAGGGUAGUACAAGUAGCGGUAGUGGUGAGGGUGCUCGGUAUGUGGAGGAGGUUUAUAUGAGGAUGCAGCAGAAGCGGCGAGUACGGGUUGGAGUUUCUGAGUUACAUAAUGUGAAUGGAGAGUGUUAUUCCAUGUAUUUGUGA